GUCGUCGAUCACGUGACUCCCCUUUGACGUCAAUUCUGGUGCUUAGCUGUUGUAGCUAGCUGCUUACUACUUUGCUCCCUUUUCAACUCGUCUACGUCCACUUCCCGUCGAAAGCUCAGUUAUGGAGAUAGGGGCAGAAAUAAGCAAGAAAAUAAGAGCUGCUAUUAAAGGAAAGCUUCAAGAGCUCGGAGCAUACAUAGAUGAGGAACUUCCGGACUACAUCAUGGUGAUGGUGGCCAACAAGAAAACCUCCCAGCAGAUGGCGGACGAUCUGUCGCUUUUCCUGGGAAACAACACCAUCAAGUUCACAGCCUGGCUACAUGGCGUCCUGGAGAAGUUAAGAACCGUCGCCGUGGGUAGGUCGCACGCACUCUUUGUCGCUUUCCCUGCUGCGUGCUUGCUUGACCCCGAAGAGUUGAAUGAGGUCGAUGUGGUUUCAUGCGUUGCAGAGCCCGCCUCUGGCGAACAGGAGGAGCAGCAGCAACUCGUCGCCGGCGCCCCUGAGAUCAGGACGGACGAGUGCAAGUCCAACUCCCGCUCCGAUCGAUCGGAACCACGCGGCUACGCCCACGAAAGCAGGAGGGGCAGCGUGGAGAAGGGCUCCUCCCGCCUGACGUCGGCCGUCAAGCCGCUCAUGGAGCUCCUCCCGUCCGAGGCGGUCAUCGACAUCAAGCCGGAGAUGGACGACGACUUCGGCGAGGACCCCGUGGAGGCGACCGCCGCCCACAGGGGAGCUCGCGGCGGCGGCGGCGCUCGACCUUCCUUGGAACUCUACAGGCCGGGCCACAGCAAGCUCGGCUACGCGGCGGCGCGCUCUGCCGAAGGAUCGUCGCACGGGAGGCGUCAAGAAAGCAGGAGCGGCCGCAGAACCUCCAGAGGCGACCACAGCAAGGAGGAGUCGUCGUCGUCGUCGUCGCGGAAACGCAAGGCGCCCGUGGUCAGCUCGGUGGUGCGAGUCAACCGCGACUCGGACGAGGAAAGCGGCGACGCGGACGAGGAGGAGGAAGACGCCGGCUACGGCGGCCGAGGCCCGUCCAGUCGGGUGCUGCUUCCGUCUAAACCGGAGCGCAAGCCGUCCCUCCCGCCGGCCAAGCAGGCCAACAGGAAUCUGAUCCUGAAGGCCAUCUCUGAGGCGCAGGACUCCAUCAACAAGACCACAUCCUUCCCAGCUCUGCCGCUGAGACAGACGGUUCCCGUGGCGCCUCGAGCCCGCCUGGCCCGAGAGGAGGAGAUGACGGCAGCCAUCCAACUGGCGCAGCAGCACCCGCACGGGGGGGGGCAGUCGUACGCGCCCGAAAAGCAGCCCGGCAGAACUCUGGCCGCGGCUCGAUCGGCGGCGGCUUCGCACGCUCCGUCGGAUUCGGCGCAGCGCAACCACCCAGACAAGCCCGACGACGGUGAGUCGAGCGGCGACGCCAAACGCUCGGACACGCGCUCCUUCAUCGUGAGUCGACCGCCGGCGGACGGCAGCGCAAGUCGGCAGCCGGAGCGCAAACAGAAAGUCGAGUCGGCUUUGCCGCGCACCGUGCAGGCUAGCAAGGAGAAGGAAAACUCCGCCAGCCCCAAGUUCAUCGUGACACUGGAGGGCGUCCCGAGCCCGCUGGGGGACCUGGCCGAGUCCGAAAUGGAGCUGGACGACGUCAGGCCGCCUUCCAAGUCCGCCCGCGCCGCCAAGUCCAAAGUCUGCGUCCUUCAAAGGCCGCACGGGGGCCCGUCCAUGGACACUUCAUUAGAAGACGAGAUGGACGUGGAGAUUGACGACGACUCGGCGCCUUCAAAGAGGCCGAAAGUGAUGGAGCGCUGCAAAUUCUGGCCGGUGUGCAAGAGCGGAGAUGAGUGUCCCUACCAUCACCCGACCAGAACUUGCAAGACGUUCCCCUCGUGCAAAUUCGGCGACAAAUGCCUCUUCAUCCAUCCCAACUGCAAAUACGACGCCAGGUGCAGCAAGCCCGACUGCCCCUACACCCACGUUAGCCGCAGGGGCGCCACCGCCGCCCCGCCCGCCAGGCCAGUGGUGCCACCAGCGCCAACAGUGAGCAUGUGCCGCUUCUUCCCACAGUGCAAGAAGAUGGACUGCCCUUUUUAUCAUCCCAAGCCGUGUCACUUCGCCGGCCAGUGUAACCGCGACGGCUGCACCUUCUUCCACCCCAACGCGUCCGUCCCUCCGAGACACGCCCUCAAGUGGACCAAGACGCAGAGCAGCUAAUGAAGUCUCGACUCCACUUUGAGCCAACAACCGAUGUCCCGUCGAGCCGUCAAAUUCAUUCGUUGUUGUCGUUGGUAGUUGCAUUUGUUUUUUCCAAAAUGCUUUUUUUGUUAAGUUGCCAGGCAGAUUUUUGUAUUGAUCCCAGGCGGGGAACGGCAAUGAACACAACCUCUGCUGUCUUAUGUUAUUUUCUUUGAAGGACAUUGUGGAUGAUGUUCCUGAAUUUAUAAAUGAGUGGAAAAAAGGAGCAUUUUUG